UUGGCUGUUUAUUUUUUCCAUUGUUUCUUGAAGUGUUCAACUACUAUCUCUCUAGAGAGACCAUGAUGGCCUGUGCUUUGUUUUCUUCGAAAACGUUUUCCUUGAUGAUAGUUGUCAGCUUAGUGGCCGUCAUCGUUGUCUUGAUGACUCUGUCACAGAAUAAAAUAAACCAGUCCACGAAGAAUGUUCAGUAUUUUAUUCCACAAGUAGAAGCAGAUAAAAGAUACGGAGACAAAUUCAGCCAAGAAUCCAUGACUGGUCAAGUUCAACAGCAUGCUUUAAAUCCCAAAGAUGGCAUUGAUAACUCAGGAGCUCUAUGCUACCUAAUUUACUAUGCAGACAGUUUUGAUAAGACGUCAGAGUUCUCUGGUGUAGAUCCCAAUGAACGAGACACAAUAGACAAAUGGUGGAAGGCAGCAGCUAUGAUUGAUUGGUAUUGGAAUUCACCAGUUGAAUAUAAAUGUACUGAAAUAGUAGCAGUCGGCAAUUACGACAUCUGCCAGGAUUCACGAUUCAUUAUAAAGCCUUCUUGUCUUGUGUAUUCCUUUGGUAUCGACUUCAGAUAUUCCUUUGAUGAUGCCAUGAGUAACUUAGGCUGUGAGGUCCAUUCCUUUGAUCCAAGCAUGGGUGUAGAAACACAUAAAAGGGCAAAUAACUCCACAUUCCACAAUAUUGGCAUAAGUCACAGCAACAAUGAUAGUUUCGCGCCAAGACAAGACAAGUUUGUCAAGACACCUCAAGUGUGGAAGAUGAGAACCUUGCAGACUUUGAUGAAAGAACUAGGACACGAAGAGAAAGUAAUCGAUGUUCUGAAACUUGACAUUGAAGGCUAUGAGUGGACAGUGAUUGACAACCUGAUAGAAACCAAUGUUAUUAAAAACAUAAGGCAGUUUGUUAUGGAGAUUCAUUUAGUUCAUGAAUGGCCAGCCAAGGCUGACUAUGUUCAUUUGUAUCAGAUUCACACAAAGUUGAGAGAAAUGGGUUUCCAGAAGUUCACCGUAAGGCCAUACUCCAAAGUUUUAGUGGAGGGUUAUUACGCAAAUCAAGUUGAAAUAUCGUUUGUCAAUGUCUUGUUUCAACCAAGAUAAAGGCUUAUUAA